CGCUGGGAUCAGCGCGUGCGAGAAGGGCGAACAGUGGCAGCCGGCGCUGGCGCUGCUGAGCGAGAUGCGGGAGGCGAAGCUCGAGCCCAAAGUCAUCUGCUACAGCGCUAGGAUCAGCGCGUGCGAGAAGGGCGAGAAGGACGAGAAGAGCGAUCAGUGGCAGCGGGUGCUGGUACUGCUGAGCGAGAUGCGGGAGGCGGAGCUGGAGACCGACAUCAUCAGCUACAUCGCUGGGAUCAGCGCGUGCGAGAAGUGCAGGCAGUGGCAGCGGGCCCAGGGGCUGCUGAGCGAGAUGCGGGAGGCAAAA